UCAGUGUUCUUCCCUUAGCUGGUCAAGUUCUUGGCAAUGGUUGCAGGAUGGAUUAUUCUGCCUUCGUUGUUUGCUUUUGCACAAGCUUCUUCACCUCAGAUCACAUUUCCUUCAAAAACCGUGAAAUUGGUUUCAAACAAGAACAAGCAAGAGAUUUGUUCAUGUCUGCGGUGGAACUCCCAUUCACAAAAGAUGGAUUCUUACUGCUGCCCACUGCUUUCAGAAGUGAGGAAAAGGAAGAAGGUGUUGAAAAGUGGAGAAUUCUUCUGGGAAAGCACAGCAUUAACCAUGCUGAAUCUACAGAAAGUGUUUACCAUGUGAAACGAAUUUAUCAGCAUGAGCAGUUCCGCUAUCCUCACCUGAAUGAGCUAGACUAUGACACUGCCUUGGUCAAGCCUGUGGAAGACAUUGUAACAAACCAUUUUAUUCACUAUGCCUGCCUGCCUAAGAGAGACAGCUUUCUUCGUCCAGGACAUUUCUGCUGGGUGACUGGAUGGGGGGACACACAAGGUGGGAAUAAAAACCUGACUUUGUCUAGAGUUUUGAAUCAGGCCAAGUUACCAGUCAUAGAUUUCAACACAUGUCGCCUGCAGAAGUUCUGGGGACACAGAGUCCGACAGUCGAUGAUCUGUGCUGGAUUCAGGGAUGCUGGUGGACCUCCUGCUGCCUGCCAGGGAGAUUCAGGUGGACCACUGGUUUGCCAAACUGGAGGAGAAAAAUGGGAAGUGCAUGGUGUAGUUAGCUUUGGACCUAUUGGAUGCAAAGCAGAGAACAAGCCCAGUGUCUUUACCAGGACUUCUGCUUUCAUUUCCUGGAUUGAAGCAAUCAGGAUCCAGGAUCAUUUUUUGUAAAGAUAAGAAGUAAACUAAAGUUGGGGGCUCUGGGACAAUUAAAAUCUUGAAAUAAUAAAUACAGGAUUCUGUGCUUACUUGUAACUUUGAGGCUAAAUGCUGGUGGUGAAUGAGGAAGAUAAAUCUGUAGUACUGUCCAUUUGUAUCCCCCACUUAGAGGGUUUACAGGAAGUUAGCUGCUUUCUCAUCUUUUCUCUUUCUCAGUUUCUUAUUUUCUUUUUUCUCCUUAGAUGGUGACCUCAAACUCUUCCUUCUCCCUGCAAUGUGGGGGCAUUACCCUACACUGAUGAGUCUUCUCCCCCUCCCCCUGUUCUGUGAGUGCAAUAGCAGAAGGAGUAAGAUAGAGCAGAACAAAUAAUAUUGGAGGAAUAAAAAAGGUACCCCUAGUAACAUUCAGGGCAAGUUCAAAAGCCAUGGGUGGUCUUUUUGCUCAGUGGUGAUAGCUAAUUAGCCAUGUUAGUUUAAAGUCAGGUGGAAGACAAGGCAGGGUAGCACCUCUUAGUGCCUUGUUCAGUGCUGUUAAGCAGGAAUCCCUGUAUCUUACAACAGGCUUGGAUGAACUCUGCCGCCAUAGGUACAGUGACUGCCUAAUGGAUCCAACUGCAAGCACCGGCAUCUCCUCCUUCAGGACAUACAAGAAGUGCCAGGAACUGGGGGCUGCUCUGGGACAAGAGCUCAGCAGGGAGCUCAUCCUGCAACAGCCGUGAGGGAAGGAGGGAGAUCUUUGGGGUAGGAGAGGAAAAAUAAUGACUGCAAAAGGCCAAAUCUCCCAGGCCGGGUGUGGAGACACCUCCGAUGUCUCUUGCUUCAAAACGCUAGCAUUUCUAUCGCCCCAACCCCCAGAUAAGUUAAAAUCCAGCCGGGGGGGGGCGGAAGGCGCGUCAUUUCCAACUCUGUCCCCACAACUGGCUGGCGCCGGCUGUUUC